AUGAAUUACAACGACCUAGUGGUGGCUUCACAAGAAAUCUUAACCUCUCCGCAUCAACGGCCUCCCGCUUCGCUUUAUCCGGAAACAGAUAAACAAUUAAGAUCACGUAAAGCAAAGAAGGCAACGAGCAUGGAAAACCUGUACGAAACCAAUAUGAUGUCUCUUUCACACAGUAACGAAUCUGCCCCUGCAUUGAAUGGGAUACGCAAAGAGAGCAGCACUUUUGCAUUAAGUAGCAAGAAUAGCGGUAACAAGAAUAGUGGUAACAAGAGAGAGGAUAGCGGUGAUAACAUUUCAAGGUUGGGCAAGCUCGAUGGUCUAAAUAGUAGUAGUACGAACUCGGCUUCCUUCACCAAUCCAAAUGGAAAUCCGACAUUUUCUUCUACACCGCAAAACCAUCGUCAAGAACGCAAAACCUAUCGUCCGUCGCCUGCUACUUCUUCGCCUCCUGAACGUGAUUAUGCAACAGGACCCCCUACGGAAAUAUUGCGAGAUCCGACAUCAGAGGCUUUUUCGACUCAUGCGUAUAGUUGGCCCAUUGUAUUUGCUGUUAUCCCGCCUAUGGGAGCAUUGGUCUAUGGAAAGUCGGACGUGUGGAUUCCAUGGGAACUCUACUACGCUGCGCGUUCGCGGAGAGUAAUAAACGAGUCAAACACUCCAUCCGACCCGCAACUCGAAGAACAACGCGCCGCCGCCGCAAAAGAUCUUCGAAAACAGGAAAGACACGCACUUGCUCUGGUCGUUGCAUCUCCAAUUCUCGGCGGCUACGCUCUUCAUUUUGCCAAAAUGUCUCUUACAGAUUACGACAAAUACAUUACACACUUCAACAUCAACCUGUUUGUCUUUGCAGCCGGAAUAAGGCCUUUGAUGCACAUUGCGACACUGGCCAAGAACAAGACACUUCAUUUGCAAGAACAAGUACAUUACCCUAGCACCGAAGUAGAAUUGCUAAAGAGACGAGUCCAACAUCUGGAAUACGAGUUUUCGCAACUACGACGAGGCUUUGCCACAAAACGCGAUGUCAUCCAAGUGCGCGACGGGUUCGAACCGACAUUGAGUCAACUCAACAAGGCUAUGCGUCGAUGCGAGAAAAAAGAGGCAUGUCUUCGGACGUAUUCGGACGAACGGUUUGCCUAUCUCGAGGAAAAACUUCGAGAAUUCGACUCAAUCAUUACGUAUAGACUUCAGGAUGACCAAGUAGCGAGUCUACCAAAUUCCAUGAUGCAAGUAAUGUUUUUGCCGUUGAAUAUCACUGUGACUAUUUUGGGAUAUGCACGGUAUUUCUUGCCCAAGUCUUUGAGAGGCCGGAGUGCACCCAUGUUGCAACCACCUAAUCCGAGUGACGAAGAUGACAGUAAUGUUGGUCACAGGAAGCUAUACGGGGAGUAUGUACAAGGGAGCGAGGGAUUGCAAUCAAGAGAUUUGCAGAAAUAUCACUGA